AUGACUGUGGAAAGUAGGUCUAUCAAACUCACAAAUGAACAUAUAAAUUUCUUGAACGAACGGUUGCAACAGUUGCUGCCCCAAGAACUAAUCAAAUGGGUCUACUUGACUUUCCCCAAUGUAUAUCAAACCACUGCUUUUGGAUUGACUGGGUUGGCAAUCACCGAUAUGAUCUCAAAGAUACCCGAGUGCAAAAUAGAUUUGAUCUUUGUCGAUACCCUUUAUCAUUUCCCUCAAACUCAUGACUUGUUGGAGCGGGUCAAGCAGCGUUAUCCCGACUCAAAAAUCAAUGUGUACCAACCACAAGGUGUAUCCACUGAACAAGAAUUUGUAGCCAAAUACGGCGAUCAGUUGUGGGAAACAAACGAUAAGUACUACGACUACUUGGUCAAAGUGGAACCCAUACAGCGCGCUUACAAAGACCUAAACGUUAAUGUGGUUUUAACAGGGAGAAGGAAAUCACAAGGUGGGGCAAGAUCGUCUUUGGCGGUGCUAGAGUUUGACGAACCCAACAAUAUUCUCAAAGUCAACCCGCUUUGGGAUUGGGAUUUUAAUGCGGUGAAGAGCUACAUCGAUGAAAACAAUGUGCCAUAUAAUGAACUAUUAGACUUGGGAUACAAGUCGAUUGGCGAUUGGCACUCCACAGUUCCUGUAGCCGAUGGGGAAGACGAGAGAAGUGGAAGGUGGAAAAACAAGGUCAAAACAGAGUGCGGCAUUCACAUUGCAAAAGAAUUUACCGAAUUCACUGCAGCUUGA